CACAACACAUGUCUUGUCGGGUUCUGCUUCUACAGAAAAGAAAAGAAAAAAAGGCAAUGAUUGAAUGCUUCUCUCUCCACAUUUCUUGCAACUCCUGGCGUACACUUCUACCUAAACCAAACUCAGUUGUUGCGUAGAAUUUUCAGAAUUGAGCUAUGGGGAGAUUAUUUGUGGUUCAUCUGGAGGGGAAGGUGUAUAGCUGCAAACACUGCCGAACCCAUCUAGCUCUUUCUGAAGACAUCGUAUCAAAGUCUUUCCACAGCAGACAUGGGAAAGCUUAUCUCUUCAGUAAGGUUGUGAAUGUUUCUACUGGAGAAUUAGAGGACAGACAUAUGAUCACUGGGAUGCAUACUGUGGCUGACAUUUUCUGUGUGGGUUGUGGAUCAAUUGUGGGUUGGAAAUAUGAGACUGCACAUGAAAAAGGCCAGAAAUACAAGGAAGGAAAAUCUGUUCUUGAACGGUUUAAGUUGUCAGGUCCUGAUGGCAGCAAUUAUUGGGUCAGCCAUGAAGCACAUGUUGGUGGAAGUGAUGCAGAUGAUGCUUAGUCAUCCCACCAUUGACAAUUGAAUUGUACAUUCCUAAUCCCCUUCCUUGUGGAUAUAAACUGGCAAUUUAGCAAAAUCAGCAUAUUGUCCAAAGCACAAUUUAAAUAUUUUGAUUGUUGAUUCUGAUGUAAAAAACUGAUGUUCAAACUUGUCUAAUCGAUCAUGUUUUUCAAUUUGUUAGAUAAUUGAUCUUCA